AUGGCGCCUCCGCCCUCGCCUAACCUUCCUCUCUCCGAGCGCCUGCUCACCCUCGCGAAGACAUUGCAAUUUGCCUGGUUUGUUGGACAUCUUACUCUGAUCCUUUCUACUAUCCGAUAUGGCUUUUCGUGGAUCCGAUUCAACUAUUAUGGUGGAAUGGCCCGUUUCUCAUACCGCACUGCAUUCAUCGCAGCUGCAGUGACCUACGGUAUCGUUGUUUAUAAAACAUUCAAGGCCCGGGCCAAGAGUGGUUCUCGCCAGCCUACCCCGAUUGGCCUUCUUAGCGAUGAGAACGUGCAAUAUCUUGGUAUGGCCAUUGUUUGGCUGUUCAGUCCGCAGUACCCCCUCGCGAUGCUCCCGUACUGUGUCUAUUCGGUCUUCCACGUUGCCACCUACACGCGUGCGAACCUCAUCCCGACGAUCCAGCCUCCCAAGGUGAUCUCGGCUCCUACUUCGUCGCCUAACAGCAAGCCGCAGUACGCCCCCAACCCGCUUUCCGAUAAGAUCGGUGCCUUUGUGAGGACCUACUACGACGACUCGAUGUCCAUUGUCUCUUCGCUCGAGAUCCUCCUCUGGAUCCGCAUUCUACUCUCUGCGAUCGCUUUCCAGCGACGCUCGUGGAUCCUUCUCGGAAUCUACACCCUCUUCCUCCGAUCUCGCUUUGCCCAGAGCCCUCACGUUCAGAGCUCUUUCCAGCAGCUGGAGACCAAGGUCGACGGACUUGUUGGCUCACAGGGUACUCCCCCCGCCGCGCGCCAAGCCUGGGACGGUGUUAAGGGAGGAGUUCGCCGAUUCUAUUCGAUCACCGACAUCAACCAGUAUGCCAACGGCGGAGCCGCUGCUCCCAAGAAGACCUCGUAA